UGUUGCGACGAAGAAUACAGACUGGUGCGACACCUGAUGACGCGGUAUGACGCCUCUGUGAGGCCCGUAGAGAACUCCUCACAACCUCUCCUCGUCACCUUCGGAGUGUCACUGCAUCAUAUCAUCGAUGUGGAAGAAAAAGACCAGCUACUAACCACCAACUGCUGGAUCACGCAAAUCUGGACAGAUUACCACCUCAGGUGGAACACCAGUGACUUCGAUGGCAUUGGUGUCAUCAGAAUACCGUAUGAAAGGGUCUGGAGACCCGACAUCAUACUCUAUAAUAAUGCGGAUCCAAACUAUCGGUCAGCAGUGAUCAACACGAACGUGAUAGUGAAGCACACAGGAGAGGUGACGUGGCUCAGCCACGGCAUCUACGUGUCUGUAUGCGACAUCAAUGUGGAGCAGUUCCCGUUUGAUGUUCAGCUGUGCACCAUGAAGUGGGCUUCCUGGACUUAUGAUGGUUUUCAGUUGGACUUAAAAAAACAGUUCGACGAAGGUGACACAACGAAUUACCAAACUAACGGCGAGUUUGACCUCGUAAGCUUCGAAGCCAUCCGCCACGACCAGUACUACUCGUGCUGUGUGGAACCCUACCCUGACAUCACGUAUAUCAUCAAGCUACGGAGAAGACCUAUGUUCUAUGUCUUCAAUCUUAUUCUUCCUUGUCUACUUAUUAAUGGGAUUGCUCUGCUCGUGUUCUACGUGCCGUCGGAAUCAGGUGAAAAGGUGACCCUGGGCAUAAGUGCACUUCUGUCUAUGACCGUCUUCUUGAUGACUAUAAGAGACACAUUGCCGCCUACGGAGAAAACGCCUCUUAUUAGUUUAUAUUAUGGAGUAAGCACAUGCCUAGUUUCGUUCUCAGCGUCGCUCUCAGUCGUCACGCUCAACAUAUCUUACAGAGGAGUGAGAGGGCAGCCGGUGCCGGCGGUGCUGCGCGAGCUCGUGCUGCAGAGGCUCGCGCGCCUGCUCUUCAUCAACCUUGACACUGACGCACCCAAGGGUGACAGCGGCACGGUGACAUCGGGUGGGGUGCAGGUGAACCCCCGAACGGGGUCCCGGCUCAAGACGGAGGUGCGAUGCGACGGGGUUCCUCUAGCCCCCGCUUCACCGCGCUUCGCAAGGCACAAUCACAACCAUCUAGGUGCACCAACAACAAACAUGGCGGUACCAGGGACGGGUGGCACUACGACGACGCCCGACACUUGCGCAAACACGUGCCCGCGAUGCUCGUGCUGUGGCUGCACGCUGCGCGAAGCUGCGGCGCGUCACGAGCAGCGAGUGGCUGCUAAUGAGAGAUUGGAACGGGCUAAUUUGGAGUGGAAACAGGUGGCUGUAGUCGCUGACCGGGCGCUGCUGGCUGUGUUCGUGCUUGUCACUGCUAUUUCCACGGCGGCCAUCUUGUUGCCCCAACUAAACAACCUUCACGUCGGCAACACGCCUCUCAAACCCCCCAUUUAGAGUCACAGCAACAAACUAGGGUAACUAAAAAAAAUCUUCCGCCAACGAAUGUGUUAAAUGAAAAUAUGUGCCAAACUCAAACAGUGCCGCACUUUUUAGAUGAUA